CCACACUAUGUGUUCAACGAGUGAGUCUGUACUCUGCCUGUACUCAUCAGAACAACUGCACGGACUACAAUGCCAUCUGCAAUUUCACCUUACGAAUCUGUGUGUGUCCCCGAGGCUACAGGAAGAAUGACUAUUUUUGCAUGUACAUGGGUGGCUCACCGGACAACGUUGGCAUCUACCAGGUGACUCUUGUGGUGGCUGCCGUCUUCAUGGUUGUAGUAUUCUCGGUCUUUGUCGCUUGCGUUGUUAAAAGGACGUGCGAGCGCUCCAGAGACCUUGCAGAAAGAAUGCGGGAGUUGUCCGCAGAUGUGUACACGGUCCCUGCUGAAUUCGAAGGCCUGGAAAGGCCGCCUUCUUAUACGGACAUCGUCAAGAUCGACAACAUGGUGUACGGCGUGCCCCCGCCCGACUACUCGACGGUGAGUCCUUCGCCGCACGCCGAAGCCCCAGCGCCGUCGCUGCCUCCACGCAGGAUAUCCCUGUCAGCGCUUUUGUGGCAGCCGGCUGCUCGAGGACAGACGCCGAAUGCGGUUGAGUGCUCUGCUGCGCACGCCGAUUCUGGCGCAAGCUGUGCCACCUGAGCGCUUGGCCCCGCCAUGCACUUCGCGCCUCCUUGGACGUGUACGACCCUCCGGAGAUACUGCUGGUGAAGACACUAGACAGUGAUGCAGGGGCGUAGCCAGGGGGGGGGGGGCUUAUGGGGCUUCAGCCCCCCCCGAAAUUUUUUCGUGUUGUCCAUGCACCGCCGACCAAAGCGACCCCCGGCGCCGUAAAUCACUCUGGAUUUUGUCUAGAAUGUCUUUUUGACGCUCGAAAAGACAUUUAACCGCGAAGAUUGCAAACUCGGGCUGGAUUUCGUGGCAACGCCCAUAGUCGGGAGUCACAUAACGCCAAGCAGUCCCAUCCGAGCACAAAGUUUCAAGGGCGCUUUGAUGGUGAGCGGGCUCGCCGCGGCAUCUCACUGAGGCCACGGAAUCUAUGGAGCGCAUGGAUAUCUAUUGCGAAACUUUAUAGGUAUAAAUCUCAUAAGCUCUUGAUGUGAAAGGUGCAUUGACAUUUCCAAAGUUGUGCUUUAGAUUUUCAGUUGCGGAACUUUGUGGGUUUAAUGCUGUUAUAAAUAUUUGAUGCCAAAGGUCCGUUGACUUUUCUAAAGACUUACAUCGGAACAUACAAUGAGACAAGCCAAAUCAACACACCAGCAGACGAGUUGACAAAGCAGGCACCGAGGUCCUAUGAGACGAAACGUUGGGGUGGUUCAUUUGUGCCGUCAUGUCACAUAAAAAAAUAUCAACAUUUUUUUUAACCUACGCCAGAACAUCCAUGUCAAGACACUAAAGCCAGCCAAAGUAACUACCUUCUUAUUUAUUUUUUCUACUUUGACUUUUAUUCGCGAGGACACAUUGAGCCUCUUCAAUUUUUUUUUUUUGUUCUCGCUACCCUACCCGCGGGCUGCCAGAGCCAGCCAGAGCGCAUACGUUUUUCUCGUAUGGCCCCGACCAUGCACCGUGCGGUGCACUUCGGUGCGUGUUCGGUUUGCUCUGGCCGAGUGCAUUUUCACCUGACAUAGUUUUGGACACUUUCUGGCUAGUAGAUGAGAAAAAAAAAAACAAUGGUCGCUCGCCGCCAUCAGUGUGGGGACUCGAAGGAUUGCACCGCAUUCCUUGAGCGGAACCUUUCCGGAAAGUCUUGUUUCGCCGCUGUAGGAUACUGAGCGUUAUGCGUAUGGUUCUCAGUGGACCAAGCGUCUCAUGUUUUCUUCGGUAUUCCUUCCGUAGCCCCAUUAGGUGCCCGAAGUAGGCAUUCGAUUCUGGCCAACAUACUUUCCUAUGCGUUUUUUUUUUCAUUUCGGUGCCUCCGCCUCACACAAAAAAAUACAUUGUUGCGGCGCAGCGAAUUAUCGCAUGGUGAAAGUUCGAUUUUGAUACUUCUUUUGCGGAAAGUAAUGGGCGACGGGACGCUUCAGUUGACGGAUACGUUUAUUAUAUAAUUGCGAAAGCAAUUAUAUGGACACUCCAGGCGCAUUCCCGCCGUCGCCGUCACCCUCAUGUUUCGUAUAAAGUCCAAGGGUGAUAACAUCGUGACCACGCGCUGCAUGCUGUAUGUGCGAGUGAAAGCGUAGGAGGGGAGGUGGAAUGGGUGAGCCGACGAUGGUGGCUCAGUCUUGUGUGCGCAAAGGAGAAAAGCGGGGAGCAAGCGCGUCGCUUUCCGUCGCGCGCAAUGCAUCGGGGGGAGUGGAUGGAAUGGGGGCGGAAUCUAGGAUUCUGUGAAUCUAUGAUUGUGCAACAGGUUUAUUUGCCUUGUUUGACGCAUCAUAUACAGUUACUUCUUCUUACAUACAUAGACUCAUUGGAGACUUAAAUGUAUACUUAAAUAUCUUGUUGCGAGGUUUCGUGUAUACAUGCAGUGAACUUUGUUUCCAGUGACACUUUUUUGUCCUUUAUCAAGCCGUGUUUUCGCAUUUGCAAAUCCCAUUGUAUCUUUGCAUUUCUAAUGUACGAGGGCGAGUCAAAUGAAAGUGAGCCUACCCUAACCGUGCAAUAAUGGUUCGGUUCAUUAUCUGCGAGGCAUGCGCGCAGGAGAACGGCAUGUCUCAUUUACAAAAGUGACACGCAGGUGUGAAGAUAAAUGUUCUUUAAUGCUCUCAAGGGAACCAGAUACAGACUUUUUGAAGCAGCAACCCAAGGAGUUUUAUAAGACGGGAAUCGCGCAACUCGUUAGUAAAUAGGACAAAUGUCUAAAUUCUCAUGAAGACUACUUUUAAAUAAAGUACCCCGUUGUUGGCUCAUUCAUUUGACUUGCCCUCAUAUAUCUUGCAGAACUCCUGCUUUUUAUACGUGCUCUCUGUGGCGACUAUAACUUCGGUGCAAUUACUCACGAUACACGACAAGGGACAGCUACUCCUGCGUAAUACAUUGGAACAAACGACAGCGUCAUUGAGAUUUUUCACUGGCCCUUGCAUAUAUACAAAAAUGUAAGCACGGUUCUUGAAUGACAAAGUUUCAUUAACAUAUUUGUCCUAAACUUCUUCAGUUCAUUGCCUUUUAAUUUUUCAUAUCAGCGGCAUGCACUGCUUUCCUGGUUUCGAACUGAUAUAGUUGUAAAGUUCGUGUGAUAUUUUAUUUACUUAAUAAAUAGACAAAAAACAUGGAAGCAUUGUCGUCAGUUAUGUUGGGCACAAUUUUUGGCACAUACGAGCAUAAUAUUUUAUGAAAAAAUACAUAUUUUACUUGUAUUUACAGUGCGUAGCUUUCAAGAAUUCGUUUGCAGCAUCUUUGGCAAUGACAAUGCAGUUAUUAUUCAUGUAUUUGAUCCCUCGAUAAAUUGUUUAAGAGGAAGCUUUAGCUCGGGCCCAAUCCGACGCGGCCUAUUCAAAUACUUGUAAAACGCAGAAACGCUUUUCUGAGAUAAUCCUGCUUAUCGCUUUUUUUUGAAAUUGGUUGCAUUUGAGAGCAAGCUAUAUCCUAGUGUCUGUUGGAAACAGAACUUCGAUUUAGGGCCUGAAUUUUGUUUAAAACAUUUUGAAAAAUUCGAAAGCUUGAAAAAAUAGAAGCACGACGUUUACAAAUUAUUAGCUAUACGUGAAGAACAGAUAUUUUCGUUCUGUAAACGGCAUUUAUUAUAACAGUCAAGGCGGACAAGUUUGCUGCGUCAAUUUGUAUCUUACGUGAAUUGGUUACAUUGUGUACAAGGGUUCUGCAAAAGACGUAUUUCCACAAUACUAAUUUUUUUUGAGAUUCAUGUGUAACAUAUCUAUUUUGUCCACUGUAGAUGUACUAUUAGAUGCAAUUCACAGAAUCGUGAUAUAAUUUUGCAUUGUUGAGUCACUGAGUUUUAAACUUGAUAGUUCCGUUUUCUGAAAAUUUUCAAUUUUGGCCAAUAUUUAAUAAAUAAUUUACAACCUAAAUGAAAAAUUCGAAACCAGCAGUCACUACAUUUUAAGUUUUUCUCUCAAAUGCAACAAACCUCAUCAAAUUUGGUGCAGUGGUUGCCGAGAAAAACGAAUUCUUCUUUUGUAUGUGUUUAGAUAGGAGCGCCCAAGCUAAAGCCUCCUCUUAGUAGCCACUGCAGUGAUGGUUUGACUGGACAGACUUGACAGUUUUGUGCGACAUGCUGUCCAUAGCCUUCAAGCACGUACUUUGACAACCACGCUCAUGCACUCUGUAUAUAACAGACGUGGCAAGUUUGGGUGAUCAUCCCGCGUACGACUACUGAUGAAUCAUUUUAGUAACUUCAGUUAACCAUUGCUCACAUGACACGAGCUCAACCAUUGUUACUAACAUCAGAGAGUGAAAGAGGGAGUUAGUCGACUGCGUACAGAACGCUUGACCGUCGAGUGAUGAGGCGUCGAUGACUCAAUCGAUUUGCAGUGUACCAUUUCCGUCACAAAUCUGACUUCAAAUUUCGUGGCUCUGAUUCAUUUGCCAGUGCUUACUAUGCACGUUUCACGUUGUGGAUCUUUAUUUAGGUCGCAACCUGAGCCUGCUCGUUGUUUAUUUUAAGCCAUUUCGCAGCGCAGUUGUAACUGAAGAAAACUGGAAACACAUUGGAAAUAAUUCCGCAUUGUGAAAUACAGAGAAUUAUACAGAA